UGUUAAUUUAGGUAAUCUUUAUCAGCUAAGGUUCAUUUGCAACGGAACCUUGUAAAAAGGUACAUUCUUAUUCUAUCCAUCAUUCAUCAACAAUUCUUCCAAGGUCCCAGGUUGUGAUUCACAACACAACGCUUUUCUACAUAAAUCACUCCAAAAUAUCACACCAUGUCUUCCAUAGGGCCCCAAUUACCACCCCAUCUUUCUAAGCGCAAACGCACUCCAGAAGAUGAAUCGCCAGAAUCCCCUGCCGCAAAAUUACGAGCUACAAGCCCACCCCAAGUAAACAACAACAAGGACGAAAUAAAUAUCGACAGCGACGACGACGACGAUGAUGAUGAUGGCUAUGGUACGCCUGCUCCUCAAUCAGCAACUCAGGCAUCCAUAGGACCUACAUUACCACCCUCAAAUACAGCUGAGAUCAACCUAGACGACAGCGACGAAGAUGACAUUGGACCAUCUGCUCCACCGCCACCUGCCAGUACUCGACCUUCCAUAGGACCUACUCUCCCACCAUCCUCAAACCAAGACGAAAUCCCGCUCGAUGACGAAAACAACUCUUCCUCCGACGACACGGGACCAGCACCAGGACCAGCACUGCCUCAUCCAGCCCCGUCAUCCACAAAACGUGUCCUCGGCCCCGCCCCUCCACCCGCCCCCCUCUCCGAACGGCCCACCACAUCCCCCCCCAACCCGGACGAAUCGUCCGACGACGACGACUACGGCCCCGCCCUCCCAACAUCCACCUCCCACCUCCAGCGCCAGACCCAAGCCCGCGCCGCCGAAGAAGCCGCUCGCGCCGCCGAGGCCGCCGCGGGCCCCAAGCGCGACGACUGGAUGCUCGCGCCCCCGACGGCAAGCGGAUACCGCGCGCCCGACCCCACGAAGCUCAAGAGCCGACGCUUCGCGAGCGGACCGCGCGCGUCCGGGUCCGGGUCCACGCCCUCGGCGCCCGGCGGCGAGAUCAGCAGCAUAUGGACGGAGACGCCGGAGCAAAAGCGCAAGCGUCUGGAGAACGCCGUUCUCGGGCGCGGCGACGACAGCAGCAGCAGUCAGAUGCGGACCAUGAGCGGAACCAGUGGAAAUGGUAGUGGUAAUAAUAGUGCAGACGCCCCGCCGUCGAAAGAAGCCCUCGAGCAGCAGGAGCGCGUGCGCAGCUACACGGAGGCGACGCGCGGCCGCAGCCUGUACGAGGAGCACCGGGCGUCGCGGCGGGGGCGCGAGCUGCGCGCCGACGAGGAGGAGGACGACCCGAGCCGGCGCGCCUUCGACCGCGAGAAGGACAUGAAGCUCGGCGGCCGCAUCGGCUCCGCCCAGCGCCGUGAGCUGCUCAACCGCGCCGCGGAUUUCGGCGGCAGGUUCGCCAAGGGGAAAUACCUCUGACCCUACCCUAGGUACCUGAGGUACCUAACCUAAUGUACCUGGGGAAGGGUUCUGGCUGUUUAUACUACCUGAGGUACAUUAGGAGGUACCUUACAUACCAGGCACUUGAGUGUGUACAGUAUUGAAUUAGCCAUAGGGGAGAGGAAAAUGGUGAACGGGACUGAAGAUGGAGAGUAGGGGUAGAAAAUUGUGAAAAGUUACCUAAUUAUAGAGAUACCCAUAACCCCCAAACAAGAGGCCGACAAUCGCGAGAAAUUUCGUAUAUAGAAUUGCAUUUGGGCCUAACUAGGUAGCUUAUAUUACAAGAAUAUGAUACCACACA